AUGAAGUUUGGCCAAUUGCUGAAAGAAACGCUAGUACGGGAAUAUCAAUACUCAUACGUAAACUAUGACAAACUAAAGAAAGAAAUUAAAAAGAGAAAUGAUGAUGGAGGCUGGUCCGAAGAGGAUGAGUCCGACUUUGUUGAAUUACUAGAAAAAGAGCUCGACAAAGUUUUUUCUUUUCAAAAGGCGAAAUCAGAAGAGACACUGGAACGCAUCCGCUUCUGUGAGGAACAAACUUCGGAUGCUGUUAGUCGUCUUAAUAGCGAUGCUCCUCCAACGGAUGCUGAUUUCAUGACUUUGGAAACUGAACUUACGGACAUUAUGGCAACGGUGCAUGAUUUGGCGAAGUUUUGUGAACUCAAUUACACUGCUUUUUACAAAAUCGUUAAGAAACAUGAUAAGCAUACCUCUUGGUCACUAAAGCCUGUUUUUGCCGUUCGUUUGAAUGCCCGUCCUUUUUACAAAGAACAAUAUGAUCUUUUAAUAGUAAAGCUUAGUCGACUGUACGAUUUCAUUCGUACUCGUGGCAGCCCCAUUAGGGGCGAUAAUGCAGCUGGCGGUACUCAACAGAAUUUUGUUCGUCAAACUACGAAGUACUGGGUUCACCCUUCCAACGUAACAGAGCUAAAACUUUAUAUUCUCAAGCAUUUGCCUGUUUUGGUCUUCAAUCCCAAUAAAGAGUUCACCCGUGAAGAUUCUGCUAUUUCAAGUAUUUAUUACGACAACGACGAUCUAGAGUUUUAUCUUGGUCGCCUUGAAAAGCACGAAGGUGCGGAAGCUAUACGUCUUCGUUGGUAUGGCAGUAUGGAAAACAACAACAUUUUCGUUGAGCGCAAAACUCAUCGUGAAGAUUGGACCGGAGAAAAAAGUGUAAAGGCCAGAUUUCCGUUAAAGGAAAAAAACGUUAACGCCUUUUUACGCGGUGAUUACACCGUUAAAGAAGCCUUUACGAAAAUGCGAAAAGAAGGGAAAAAACCAAUCUCUGAAAUUGAAAAUCUGGAACGGCUGGCAAAGGAAGUUCAGUAUACUGUUAUAAGUAAAGGAAUGAAGCCAUACGUUCGAAGUUUCUAUGAAAGAACUGCAUUCCAACUGCCAGGUGAUGCUCGUGUUCGUAUCUCCUUGGACUCUAAUUUGGCAUUGGUUCGAGAAGAUGGUCCAAAUCGUGCUGGAAACAAUUGGCGCCGUAUGGACAUCGGAAUUGACUACCCCUUUAAUCAAAUUCCCGAUGAAGAUGUGGUGCGCUUUCCUUAUGCUAUUCUAGAAGUAAAACUUCAGACCCAGUUUGGCCAGGAUCCCCCCGAAUGGGUAAAUAAUUUGGUAAACAGUCAUCUCGUUGAAGCAGUGCCUAAAUUUUCUAAGUUUAUCCAUGGUGUUUCUAGCCUAUUUUAUGAUCGUAUUGAUAUGCUUCCUUACUGGUUUCCACAAAUGUCAACAGAUAUUAGAAAGCCUGCUAAUAAUACCGUUCGUCCCGUGAAGAGUUUAAGCGAUGUUCCUAGUUCUUCGGCAUCCCAGCAUGUAUCUGAUAACGAGAACACACAAUCGAGUAAUGUCUUAGAUGAAGAAGCGCGUAUACCGUCAUCAUCUACUGUCAGAAGAAAUGAAAAUCUCCACCGUGCUCAUGAUCAAUUUGAUGACUUAGAUGAACGCACUUCCUUAUUAAGCAGAGGUGAACGAAGAGAUCAUGAUUCUUUUAUUUCCUUAAUCACUACAAAACUAAAAGCUAUAAAGGAUAGUUUCUUUCUAGAAACCGUUCCAAAGUUUGAAGAAUCAAACGAGCCUUCAAUAUUGUAUGAGCAGAAUUUUACAGCUCCUCCUGGCAAAAGAAUAUAUGUUCCUGUUCGUGUGGAACCAAAAACAUAUUUCGCUUUAGAGCGUACCUAUUUGGAUUAUUUGCGUUAUUCAAUUUUGAUGGGUUCCAUUGGCAUUGCCUUGUUUAAUUUUUCUCAUACUCGUGCAGGUAUACUAGCAGCAUCCUGUUUUACUCUCGUUGCCUUGUCUGCUAUUAUUUAUACCACCCUUUUGUAUUUAUGGCGAGCUGUUAAUAUUGCUAAGCACAAUGCUGUGCGAUACGAUGAUCGAUUUGGUCCAACUGUUGUUUGCGGUAUAACUACAAUUGCAAUCGUCGCCAACAUUGUUUUUAAUUUCAAAGCCUAA